CCAAAGUGUCCUGGAGUGUUGAGUUCUGAAAUUACAUGAACAUUUGAUUAGUUGAAAACAAAGGGUGUGUUUGUGAUGCUCAUCCAAGGAGAUAGAAAUAUUAAUUGGAGAUGAAUUUUUGGACGAACAUACCGCUGCUGCUUUCGGUAGUGAUACUAUAUCUGUUGCUGAUUCUACAAUUGGGUGACGCAUCGAACUCGCCGAUAGCAGCUAAGAGGAUCGAAUCCAGAUUGAACCGUCAAAGCCGUCGGGCUUCGAUCGAUGACUACUUAACACCUCCAAGACCGAAUGCACCGUAUUCAUCAUAUUCGAGUUACUCCACGUUACGUGGACCACACAGGAGACCUGUAAAAAGUAGACAAUUAUCAUUUGGCUCCAGCGAUUCAGCACCGGCUGAAGAACCGAGUUAUAUUUCGAGACUUGCUAGUUGGCUUAAUCCAUUUGGUGGUUCCCCAACGCCACCUCCACUACCAGACAUUUCAAUUCCGCUGCUAGGGUCGCCGAAGACGCCACCUCCAUGGUCAUCGUCCACGACAGGAUUUCAUGCGGGGUAUCCUCCUGCUGGACCUCCAAAUGGUUACCCUAGACCACCACCUCCUCCUCAGGGUUCCAAUGUCUACUUGCCAAGUAAAGGAAAGAAUUGCAAUCCAUGCAACAAUGUUCCAUGGGUGCCUCUUCAUGGGCAUGAUGACUCCUCCAGCACUUUUGCUGGUACAGGUUACUCCUCUAUUCACCAGGACCUCAGGAUACCGGAUUUCACUUAUGAACCACCUGUUCCUGCUCCACCAGCUGCCAUCCCGAAUCCUCUUCUUUAUCCUGGACCAAUGCCGCCUCUUUUUAAGGCACGGCCAUUCGUGCCUACUUCGAUACUUCCAACCCCACCACCUCAACCGCCGCAACACCUAGAACAUCAUGAUUUUAAUCAAGCAUAUGGCCCUGGACAUAUCGAUGGUUCUGACCCUGUCUUUAUUCACUCACCCGGAGACGACAUCCUGCCACCUAGUUCAAUUGGAGAAAUUAUUGAACCUCCAACUGGACCCACGUCGCAUCACGAUGAACCAUCUUCCAGUGCUCCUUAUCCUGGUAUAUCCACCGGAGUCAGUAUUCAACAGUCCCAUGAAAUACACGAGGAUCAUAGUCAAUCGAUCGAUCAGUCAUCUUCGUCCUCAUCUUCCUCAUCCUGGUCCAGUUAUUCCAGCGACGCACAACUGCCUCAAUCCUCGCAGCCAACUGACCAUCUUCCUAGUCUCAAGGAACAGGGAAAGGAUGUUGACGUUGUAGCUAGUAUAGCAUCUAGCCAAUCUAUUUCUAGUAUAGAACACCCAAUACAUUACGAGGAAUCAGCAGUGAUCGAAAUCAAUGAAUCAUCCGCUCAGCCAAUCGGUUUGAAUCCGCCGUUGGAAGAACCAGCCAAUUCCUAUGGAACUUCCGUUCUCCGGAGCAGCAAUGCGAAUGAUUCAUACGGAUCGUCAUCGAUCGAUACGGCGACUGUGCAGGAGGUCCAAGGAAUAGAUGAUAAGGAUGCUGAUUAUAACAGAUCUAGCAAUCUCGAUGGUUCAUCGCAAAAUCACCAUCUGGUGGAUAGCUACCAGCAUCAGAUUGAAGAACAGACUGGAGAACAAGUUUCAUUUAAUAGCGAGAAGCAUCUGAAUAAUUCGGAGAAUUCUAAACCCGUUCUUGUUCCAUAUAAACCAAGCUCAGUCUAUGUUCCUUAUCCUCCAUAUCCUGCAGUUAGCGAAACCCAGCAUUCACCAGAUGCCACAUACUCUGAACUAACGAGUACAGCUAUCACUACGGAGGAACCAUUCCUCGACGCUUUAAUGAAGUCUUACAACAGUUUCAAGCGUGAAAUGGCAGCAAAAGAGAAUGAUGAAAAUUCAAGGUCAACAGGUGGCCUUAGUAGAAAGCAAUUUGGAUAUGGAGCUGAUGAUACUUUAUCAAGUCCGGCCCCAUUGCCUGUUACCACCCCUUCGUCUGUAUUGUCAUACGUGACUACGCCAUUGACUCCGGUCAAGAGGAACAAACAGGUGCAGAUAAUCAUUCCAUAUACGUCCCAGCAUACGCCAAGGCCAUUUGAGGAUUCGAAGGCGUCGCUGGACAUCAGUGAUGACUGGAGUGGACGUGGUCCUCUGGAGCAACAAAAUCAGCCUCGCAAGGCGCCUUCAGUUGAUCUGACCUACAAUAGAGGAAAUCAUCUUGGUCAGGAAUCUCGUAGCCAUGAGGUCGCUCUGGCACCACGUCCUCUAACGAGCAUCUUAGCUAGAGAGACCGUGUCCAGGACUUCUGCUCCGGGAACAAAGACUGGCAACUCCAUAGACGUGCUCCGACUACAGAAAAACAUUGACAAUUGGACGAUUCAGGAAUAUUCCCGAGGAAUGACCUCGAGCACGGCUUUACCCAGCUCUUCGCAUCCGUAUCUUCAGCCCUCGAAAAAGAUACCUGAAGAGUACCUGAGCACCAGCACUCAAGUACCAGCUACCCAAGAAGGAACGGAGGCUGACAAUCAUAUUUUAUCUGGAUUUAAUUUCAAUGACUUUGAUCACGAAGUAUCCGCUAGCGAUCAGGUGAAUCGUGUUGGUAGCCCUGAUGAGAGAAAAUCAGCAGAUGAAGAUGCAGGCAGAGAUGACUUCUGGGAUAAACUCUCUGUAUCCAUUUCACCGCAUAACAACGAACGUGUUUAUGUAGUGACUCCUGUGUCCGUCGAGAAUUUUGAACCAAGUACGAAUGACUCGAAGAUAAAAUCAGAAUCGAGGGAAGAAGAAGAGACCAAGAGUCUCGAGAAGGAAGCUCAGUGGACAGAAAAGGCGUAUCAGGUUUUGCCACAGGCAGUUAACAGCCUGGCGACGGCGUCAACGGGACCUACAGAGGACAGACCACUCUGGGGAAUCAUGGAACACGAGGAAUAUACAAGAGUUACUAACAAUACAACUGAUGACCUUGGACGAACAAUGCAUCGAUAAUUCUUUAUUGACUCUUCAUCAACUGGUAUCAUCUUUACUCUUUAUUUGCCAAGAAGAGUAAUAAUAUGAUGCCUCGCUAAAAAGACUAUUUUAGGAAUUAAGCAUAGCUAAUAAGAUACUUAGGCUUCCAUCUGUAUUGAUAAUUACGAUGAAUUGUAAUUUGAUGAAGAUUGUCAAUUACCUCAGUAAUCAUUCGCUUACUUGUGGUAUCCCAAAGUGAAUACUGGCCAGCUGUUAAUGUCUAAGUAUAGGAAACUAAGGAUCAACGUCAUGUAAUAUAAGUAAAGAAUACAGAACCUACUCAUCUGAA